AAGGGUUUCAGCUGCCAUUUAGUGACUCAUGAUCUAUGAAAGAGGCGUGGAAACCUGUCUACCCACUCUCUCUCUCUCUCUCUUUCUUGCUCCUUCUCUGUCAUUCAUACCCACAGCAAGUUCACAGCACAGCAGAGCCAAUAUUCAAAAGUCACCUAGGAACUUUCUCUGUUUACUUUCUUUUUUUGUUUUUAUAUUCACAAAGACUCUCAUUCAGGUUGAACCAAGAGCUACUUCUUUUUUUUUCUUUUUUUUUUGCCCGUCUGUGAAGCAGUAAAGAGGAACAGGGUCUGAUUACGUUCCUGAGAGAGACUCUUGAAGACUCAUCUUCUCAGCAGUUUUCUUUCUGUCUACUCUUCUUGUUUAGUCCCACACGUCUUACUUUGCUUCAAUACUUUGUUGUGAGGGAGAAUGUCAAGGACCCACUAUGGCGCUUGUGUUGUUUUAUGGAUUUUUUCCUUAGUGGCGUGUAAGGUUCCAGAGGUUCGUGUGACCUGCAUCUUCUCUAAGGACUGUAUUCUUCCCUGUUCUUUCACGCCCACUAAUGGUGAUGUGAAGAUCCAGUGGUUCCAGCAGGAGGCGCUCAUAUUCAGUUUACAGCCGGCGGGACAGAGGUUCAACCAUGGCAACAUGUCUCUGUUCAGCGACAGCGUCUCUGAGGGAAACGCAUCACUGCUUGUGAAACAAGUGGAUACGAGGAGUAAAGGACGCUACAAAUGUGUGGUCAACAAUGUAACUGUGACAUAUGUUGUUGCAACAGUGGAAGCUCCCAUCAGGACAGUCUCCAUUGACAUCAAUCCCUCUGGGCUGAUUCAGUGCUCUACUAAAGACGUCUAUCCAGCACCGCUGGUGCAGUGGAGCACAGAACCCAGGUUAAGCCAUGCCCUGCAGCCCAUCACCCGCAUGGCUCCUGGCGGAAAGAGUCUCUUUACAGUAGAGAGCAUCCUAAAACAGCAAAACAACAGCCUUGAUUAUAUUUAUGUGUGUAACAUCACCUCUAAAUACGGCACGCACACACGGACAGCUUCUUUACAGCUGCAAGAAAUUACCGGCUCUGAAGGGAAAGACCUGGUUAUUCCAUGUAAGGCUCCUAAGAAACUUCAGUCCUUCUCUCUCGUCUGGACUUUUACGACAGCAAACAAAACCACAGAUAUCCUCACGUACGACAGCCAGAAUAGUCUGCGAGUGAAGGAGAUGAGUGAGUCUGCUAGAAUUCACUCUGGCCAGUUAUUUGUGACUUACACAGUCACUGUGAAUUUUUCAACAAACCUCUCUAAGGACUCUCUGUAA